UUUUUUUUUUCUUUUUAACCUUUGGUGAAAAGUCAAUUACAGAAAAACUAAAGCAGCAUUUCUUCGGGACACGCGCAGCUGGAUCGUGUGUUUGUUUUUGUUGAUCACGUUGCCUUCCACCUUCCCGAGCCCUCGUGACCUGUUCACUCCCCCUUCAAACGCACUGAAGAGCCUCCUAAGACUGCCUGGCCGCUGGAGAACAGGGACCCCCACGGACCGCGUCCUGCAUAGCCUGGCCACCUCGCUCUAGCAACGAAGCCCAAGAGAUGCCGGAAGGGCCAUCUGUGAGGAAGUUUCACCACCUUGUCUCCCCUUUCGUGGGCCAGAAGGUGGUCAAGACAGGGGGCAGCAGUAAGAAGCUCCACCCUGCCUCCUUCCAGGCUCUGUGGCUCCAGGAUGCCCAGGUACAUGGGAAAAAAUUAUUCCUUCAGUUUGAUCCCGAUGAGGAGAUGGAGCUACUUGGCAGUGGCCCACAGCCUGGACAAGGAGUGCAGCAGAAAGAGGCCAUGAACCCAGAGCUGAUCCUGGGGCCCAAUGCUCAGGAAAUGUCUGCAGGCCCCUCUGGAUCUGAGGAGCCUUUUCCUAGUGGAUCCGAUGGUCCCUAUGGUCUUGGAGGACACAACCUUUUAGCAGUUGCCCAGAGGUGGCUAGAGGUCAGGUUUGGUUUAUUUGGCAGUAUCUGGGUGAAUGACUUCUCCAGAGCAAAGAAAGCUAACAAGAGAGGUGACUGGAGAGACCCUGUGCCCAGGCUGGUACUCCAUUUUGAUGGUGGUGGCUUCCUGGCAUUUUAUAAUUGCCAGAUGUCAUGGAGUCCUCCCCCAGUGGUUGAGCCCACCUGCGACAUCUUGUCUGAAAAGUUCCAUCGAGGACAAGCCUUGGAAGCUCUAAGGCAGGCUCAGCCUGUGUGCUAUACACUAUUGGACCAGAGAUACUUCUCAGGAUUAGGGAACAUUAUAAAGAAUGAAGCCUUGUACAGAGCAGGGAUCCAUCCCCUCUCUCUCGGCUCGCUCCUGAGUUCUUCCUCUCUGGAGGCCCUCGUGGAUCACGUGGUGGAGUUCAGUUCAGACUGGCUUCGGGACAAAUUCCAAGGCAAGAAACAGCACACACAGAUCUACCAGAAGCAGCAGUGCCCUUCCGGUCACCAGGUCAUGAAGGAGACCUUUGGGCCCCCCGGAGGAUUCCAGAGGCUCACCUGGUGGUGCCCUCAGUGCCAGCCACAGCUUUCAUCUGAGGGGCCAUAGAAGCUGCUGUCCUCCUAAAACACUUGGUCUUCUUCACGGAACUUGUAGCCUUGAAGAUUCAGAUACCAUGUCUCCCGAGGGAAGGGUGUAGGCAGGAAUUGUAUGACAGAUCGGGAAAAGGUCCAGAGGGUCACUAUUGUUGUUGUUUCAUUGGAUUAUGCCUCAGCCAUGGCUUUCAUAGGGAUAGAUGUUUUCCUUUUCUGGUUAAUUCUAUGUAAUCCCACCACACUGUCAAAAUCCUGACAGGGUUGGGGAAGCUGCCUGGAAUAGCAUUGAGUCUGACAAAGGGGGGUACAGCUGGUGGGUGGGGGCAGCUGUUGGGGACAGCUGAGGGAUACUAUACUCCCAGACUACUUUGCUAAUGGUGGGUUGUACUGUGUUUUGGGAACUGGUUCAUUUUGAGUCCCCCCAUUUUUCUUUCUUCUUCUCCUUGGAGGGGUCAGGGAUGAGGGCAAAGCCACAGGCAGGUACUGCUGGUCAGUCUGCCUGGUGCCUUCCCGGUGGCCGGAGACUCCAGGGUAGGCAGGGAGGUGUGCCCCCAAGGACUGUGGGAAAAGCUGCUGGUUUAUUAUGGGCAUUUGUGACGGUGGAUGUUUGAACAUCCCGGGGUCCAGGGAUGUAGAGAAACAACCCAUCAGGUUGUUA